UUUCACCCCCCGGCGUGUGUGUUUGUAUAGAUCAACGGCACAAAGCCCACAGAUCUCACGUACUGUGUCCGUGUGGGUCCUCUCCGGACUCAUAUCUGUGUGUUGUGUUUUCAAAGAGCUCUCUGGGGUGGAAAUAAAUCAAUCUAGAUGAGUUUCAGAGGGAGUUCAGCGCGAGACACUGGAUUCACACACGCGCGCGCAAACGACCAACCCGGGUUUAUUAACUUCACACGGAUGAGUCUCUUUAUUAUAAACGACAAACACACAUCAAGGUACUAGAUGGUGGUUGUGAGGGAGAUACGUAAUGCUGAAGGGGCUCAUCCGGAGUCAGAAUGAGUGUCAAAGAUGGCGACGGGACAACUAGCCAAGAUGGAAAAGCCUACGAACUUCAGAUAUACCCGCGACUGUCUGUCGAGACCACUUCUUGUUGCACGCUCGAAGUCACCAAGGAGGCCACGGCAGCUAGCGUCAUCCAGGAUGCGGCAGCUAUACUCGGGUUGGACGCUAGCAAGCACUACGUGUUGGCCGAGGUGAAGGAAUGCGGUGGUGAGGAGUGGGUACUGGAAUCUACAGACCUUCCGGUCCACCGGUUUCUUCUUUGGCCUCGGAAAGCCCAAGAACAGCAUGCUCAGAAGGAAGGAUUUUACUUUCUCCUCCAGGAACGCAACCACGAUGGUUCCAUCCGUUACGUCCACCUGCCUGCCGUGGCCAGCGAGCAGGAUUCCAAGCGACUGGUCGCUCGGGGUUUCCUCCCUCCGCGGCAGGAGGACUUCGAGGAUCUGUGCAACCUCCCGGUGCUCAAUGAGGACAGCAUCUUGGCGAACCUCCGCAAUCGAUUUCAAAAGAAGAAGAUUUACACGUACGCUGGAAGCAUUUUGGUCGCUGUCAACCCCUUCAAGUUCCUGCCCAUUUACAAUCCCAAGUACGUCAAGAUGUACGAGAACCAUCAACUGGGAAAGCUGGAGCCACACAUUUUUGCCAUCGCCGAUGUGGCGUAUUACACCAUGCUGCGCAAGCACGUCAACCAAUGCAUCGUAAUCUCAGGGGAAAGUGGAUCUGGCAAAACUCAAAGCACUAAUUUCCUCAUUCACUGCCUGACCGCUCUCAGCCAGAAGGGUUACGCCAGCGGAGUGGAAAGAACCAUCUUGGGUGCGGGACCUGUGCUGGAGGCAUUUGGCAACGCAAAGACAGCACACAACAACAACUCCAGCCGCUUUGGGAAGUUCAUCCAGGUGAAUUAUCUUGAAAGCGGAGUCGUACGAGGAGCCGUGGUGGAAAAAUAUCUGCUGGAGAAGUCCCGCCUGGUGUCCAGAGAGAAGAACGAAAGGAACUACCACGUGUUUUAUUACCUGCUGGUGGGUGCGUCAGAGGAGGAGCGAAGGGAAUUCAAACUCCUCCAACCUGAAGAAUACUUCUACCUCAAACAGCAAAACUUUAAGAUAGAAGAUGCGGAUGAUCUUCGGCACGACUUUGAACGACUACAGCAGGCCAUGGAGAUGGUUGGUUUUCUACCGGCCACUAAGAGGCAGAUAUUCUCCGUUCUGUCUGCCAUCUUGUAUCUGGGUAACGUGACGUACAGUCAGAAGUCCACAGGUAGAGAAGACGGUUUGGAUGUUGGACCUCCAGAGGUCCUGUCCACCCUUUCAGAUCUGCUUAAGGUUAAGGUGGAGUUGUUGGUGGAAGCUCUAACCAAGAGGAAAACUGUGACCGUCAACGACAAGCUCAUUCUGCCGUACAGCCACAGCGAGGCAAUUACGGCACGAGACUCAAUGGCCAAGUCCUUGUACAGCGCCCUGUUCGACUGGAUCGUCCUGCGCAUCAAUCACGCUCUGCUGAAUAAGAAAGAUAUGGAGGAGUCGGUUUCGUGCUUGUCUAUUGGCGUGCUCGACAUCUUCGGCUUCGAAGACUUUGAGACCAACAGCUUUGAACAGUUCUGCAUCAACUACGCCAACGAACAACUUCAGUAUUACUUCAACCAGCACAUUUUUAAGCUUGAACAGGAGGAGUAUCAGACUGAGGGAAUCACCUGGCACAACAUUGACUACAUCGAUAAUGUUGGAUGUAUUCAUUUAAUUAGCAAGAAACCUACGGGGCUUCUCUAUUUACUCGAUGAAGAGAGCAAUUUCCCUCAUGCCACUGAUAAAACUUUGCUGGCGAAGUUUAAACAGCAGCACCAGGCUAACCAGUACUUUGUGGCGACUCCGGUGAUGGAACCGGCUUUUGUCAUUUUACAUUUUGCUGGGAAGGUCAAAUACCAGAUUAAGGAUUUCCGUGAGAAGAACACAGAUCACAUGCGUUCGGAUAUCGUGGCUCUGCUGCGAAGCAGCGACCGAGCAUAUGUCCGGCAGUUGAUCGGGAUGGAUCCUGUGGCGAUGUUCCGCUGGGGAAUCCUCCGUGCCACCGUCCGUGCAUUGGCUGCAUUCAAUGAGUCUGGCCGCCGAUGGGCCGCCAAGACUGCGGGUGUGGUGCGACCGAACUCCAGAGUUCCUCUCGGGGAACUGCAGAGAUCCAACGUGCCCAUCGAGAGGAUGUACCGGGACAUGCAUGCCCAAAUCAUCAACUCUAUUAAGGACUUGCAGUUGGAUGGGGAAGAUCCGCGCAAGCUGCUGCAGUCCUGGGGUCGCCUGCGGUUCCCCCGCCACGCCCUCCAGAAGAGCAAGAAUCCCAAGAGCAAGCAACUCAUUCCCAAGAACUUGUUGGACUCUCGUUCUCUGAAGUUCAUAGUUGGCCUUCAUGACCGCACAACCAAGUCUCUGCUGCAUCUCCACAAGAAGAAACGCCCUCCAAGCAUCAGUGCCCAGUUUCAAACGUCUCUGAGUAAGCUGCUGGAGACGCUGGGAAGAGCCGAACCGUUUUUCAUUCGAUGUCUUCGAUCCAAUGCUGAGAAGAAGGAAAUGUGUUUCGAUGAGGCACUCAUCGUGCAGCAGCUACGCUACACAGGGAUGCUGGAGACGGUGCGCAUCAGGCGCUCAGGAUACGGAGCCAAAUACACCUUUCAGGAGUUCAUCGAGCAGUUUCGUGUGUUGCUGCCAAAGAACACUGCAUCCCUGGAGGAUAUUUCAUCUCUGUUGCACAAGCUUGGCUUUGACAACACUACUUACCAGAUUGGAAAAACCAAGGUGUACUUAAAAGAGCUUGAAAGGCAAAAGCUACAGGACAUCUUACAUAAAGAUGUCAUGCACAAAAUCAUAUUCUUGCAACGCUGGUUUCGAGCCAAAAUGCAGUGGUGGGAAUUCAUUAGAAUGAGAGAAGCAGCCGUCUUGAUUCAGCGCUCGUGGCGUAGGUACCACAGAGAGAGGUUCUACCGAGCGGCGGUUUUGAUCCAGGCGGCGUGGCGAGGUUCAAGACAGAGAGAGGAAUAUCAAAAAAGACGAGCUUCCAUUACGAAGAUACAGGCUGUCGCAAGAGGCCAGUCGGCUCGCAAACGGUACCACUUGCUAAAGGAAGAGAAAAUGAGGGAGGAAGAGGAAGCUCUGCGAAGAGAAGAGGAAGAGGCAGCAAGAUGUGCCAGGGAAGCCGAGGAAGAAAACAGACGAGCUGAAGAAGCCAGAAGACUCAAAGAGGAGGAAGAAAAAGCCAGAAAACUCAAAGAGGCAGAAGAAGCCAGACAACUUGCAGAGGUGGAAGAAGCGGCAAGGCGUGCACGAGAAGAGAAGUUAGAAGCCGAUCAGAAAGCUGUGGAACAGCAAGAAAAGACUGGACUACAGCAACCAACUGUAAAACUGUCAGGUCAACAACCUGAAAGAGAUGGGGCACUAGUACCAGAACAUAGAGAAAAGACCCCUGUUAAGAUUGAAGACACGGGCAGAGCCCAUGUCCAAGUCUCAAAGGAGCAAAGAGAUUACGAAAAGAUUCGUUGGGUUGAGGCUGGCCCUCAGUCCGAGGUGCCGAAGAACCAGCGCACACUUUCAGGAGAAGAAGGUACACAAGCUAAACCAUCUGAACCCCAAACUGAUCCAAGCCAAACCAGAGCUCCUCCGCUCUCCAAACUCCCGGUGUCCAGAAGUCAGGAGAAGCGUGAGCUCCGGAGGCAACGUGGUCUUGAGCACAAUCAGAGAGAGAGCCAACGGGCUGCUUCGGUUGGAAAUGACGACCCUUCCUUCAAGAGCAAAACUCUGGAAAGUCCCAGUAAAGCGGAGGGCAAAUUGAAGGAGCGGGCAGACAGCAAAGAGUUGGAUCAAUACACCUUCGUGGCUUGGAAGGUGGACAAGGUGAAGAGAGACGAGCUUGUCCGGCCUUCCACCUUACCCUUAGACAUCCCUGCUUCUGUAACUGGAAAAAACAGCUACGGGGACUCGGGCAUCAUCAACAGCAAAGCUGCACAUGUCAAAGAAGAUGCCAACAAGAGAAAUGAACCUUCUAGAAGCAACACUCAACCAGAGAAUCUCAUAACAGGACCGCGGAGUCUGGAGGACAAGAACAUCAAACUUCUCCAGACACGAGCGAUAUCUGUAUCACUUGAUGACAUGUCCAGGAUAGGUUUGGACAGUCCAUCACAGGCACUGGCCAGAACCCAGAACGCUUGUGACGGAGCGAAGCACAGCACGUUAAAGGAGAGAAACCACGAGACCCACAGGCACCAGGACGCCUCCACGCCGAUCCAGCCCUCCACCCCUGAGAGGACGACAGGGUUCUUCAGAAAGAUCCUGAAGAAACGUCCACACAAGGAAGCUCAGACCCCUGAAGAUGGAGAGUUGAGCAUGGCUUCGGCUUUGGAAGAGAGAGAAGCAUGUUCUCAGUCUCGCUCCCAACAUUCGAAGCCUCACUCCAGCCGGCCGGGUCAGACGCCAAGCAUUAUGAUCAGUCACUCGGCCGCACGCUCGUCUGAGCAGUGGAACUCCUCACUGAACCGUGUGAUCACCAAUGCCAAUGAGCUGCGCAACCUCGAUGAGUUUCUGGGCAACCAGGUGAACGACUUGCGCUCGCGUGGAAAGCAGCUGUCGGGAACGGAGCACAUCUUCAUCACCGCGACCAUGCAGUUCAGAGAGAACAUCAAGAGCAUGUAUUCAUUUUCUAAACCUCAGAUCGCUUACAAGGGUUUGAUGAAUUCUUACCAAAAUAAAGUUAUCGGUCUGGCCGGAGAGAAGCAGAAGGGAGAGGUGGUGCUGGUGGUCAAUUUGUUCCAGUCUGUUCUGGAUGGCUUCAUCCGGGCGGAGAUCAAAAAAGAAGAGGCCGAACCAGCCAAGCCCCCCAAAGGCCGUAAGAUGAGGAGGAAAAAAGACAAAAGUCUGGAGAGUCCGUUGGACCACAUGUUUACACACUACCAAGUGAACAUCGUGCAGUCAUGUGACCAGUGCACAUCAUACAUCUGGGGCAUGGAGAAGGCCUACAUGUGUAGUUAUUGCAAAAUGGUUUGCCAUAAGAAAUGCAUCUGCAAAAUCGCCAUCGACUGCUCUAUGUUCUGCUCCAAGAAGUGUGAAGAUGACCCUGGAUCACAUCACUUCGGUGUGCGCGUGUGCCACCUGGUCAACGAGAGGACUCCCGUUCCGGUAGUGUUAGAGAUAAUGCUGGAACACGUGGAGAUGAAUGGCCUUUACACGGAGGGCAUUUACAGGAAGUCCGGCUCAGCCAAUCGCAUGAAGGAGCUAUAUCAGCUGUUGGAAGCAGGUCCUGAGAAUGUUUGUUUGGAGGAUUACCCCAUCCACGCCAUCACAGGUCUGGUCAAACAGUGGCUGAGGGAGUUGCCCGAACCUCUCUUGACCUUCACGCAUUACAACGACUUCCUUCGGGCCAUAGAACUGCCCGAGAAACAGGAGCAGUUGCUCGCCAUGUACAAAGUCCUGGAGCAGCUUCCCACGGCCAACUUCAACACCUUGGAGAGACUCAUUUUUCAUCUUGUGAGGGUUGCAAAGGAGGAGAAGAACAAUCGGAUGACGCCGAACUCUCUGUCCAUUGUUUUCGCUCCCUGCAUCCUCCGCUGUCCAGAUAGCGCCGAUCCCCUCUUGAGCAUGAAGGAUGUUGCCAAAACUACCACUUGUGUGGAGAUGCUCCUCAACGAACAGAUCCGGAGAUACAACGAGAAAAUGGAAGAGAUCGAACAGCUUGAAUACGCGGAGGCACUGGCCGUCAAUCAGCUAAAGCUCAAAAGAAAAAACACGUGCUGGCAUUUGCCUCUCAGGUUUAUCUCUCCUUACAAAGAAGUGCCGGUUCGGGAGAAGCCACCCUCCGACCUUUGUGCGGUGCCUGAGAAUGAGCCUUUGGAUUCGGACACGGAAGCAGAAUUAAGCCUGGUGGAGCGGAUCAAAUCCAUCAAGCAGGAGAAAGAGGACUUGGCUUGUAGGCUUCCUGAACUAGAACAGCCCGGUUCCGACCAGGAGAACCUGGACUCGGAGGCGUCGGUCAGCUCUGAGAGUCUGCUGGACGAGCGAGGGGUCUGUCCAGACACGGAAGGACAAGCAAUGGUAAUGCCAAGGUUGUCCAAACCAGCUUGCCCUCCUACGUCUGCCAUCCCGGUCCAGACAGGCGACACAAGGGCUGACGGCUCCUCUCUCCCUUCACUGUCUUUUCCCAGGCUUCAACUCCAGCGUCGUCACCCCAUCAUCCCUGGAACAGUCAAACUUCCCCCAGGACUCCUGUGCCACCCGGCUAUACAGUCCUUCCCUCCCCGCAAAGCCCAGUCCCUCACCCUCGUUUGGCGCCGCGAGCAACCCGGCCGCCGCAAGGACAGCAUCCAGUCCCUGUACAUCACGCCAGAGACCGAACUGCUCUUCCCAUCCUCACCCGCAGCCACCGCAGACUCCGAAGCACGGGAGCUCCAAACCCCCAGCAACAUCUCCAGGCGCUUCUCAAACCCAGACGUUGCUUUCUUAAAAGACGAGGUUUGAGUUUCAAAGCUGCCUGCUCUUGAAAAUACGGUUCUCGCUGGAUACUGGCCACGGUCAUUGACCGAUGACUCACUAGCACUUUUUCAUACUAAUAAUAUAUUGGAUUUUUUUAAAAGACCUUUUUAAGAAUUUUGUGCAGACAGAUUUUGACGUGCAUCAACAUUUAUGUUUGAUUUUUUUUUUAGUAGAUUUUUUUUAGAGUAAAGAAAAACACCUUUUGGCCUUUUUUAUGAACAUUAAAAAUAACUCAUCGUAAUAACCAAUGCCUUCAUCUGAGAAAUCACGACUUGAGGAUUUUGUGCCCAGAUUGAUUUGUACAAGCAUGGCUUCAUUUCUCACGAACCUUGUAGGUUUAGUUUCUUCAUAAAAACUCUUGAGUUUUUGACUGUGUGGGAAAGGGUGCAGCACAAGUCACUUUCCUCCCGGAUGAAAUGCCAUAACCGAUGGAUUUUUCCACAAUAACCUGUUUGAUUUUGAACUUUGUUGCUUCGAUAAGUGAUGCGACACUUAAGAUCUGCGUGGAUGUCUUUAUGUAGAGCUAAAUGCAGUUUGUGGCAAAGCCAUUAUAUGUGUAAUACUAAAGUCAAUGUUGUAUGUUGUCAUGUUUGGAAAGGAACGAAUGCUGGCUGGAUGAGUAUGAUGUAAAUUAUUACGUCACUUGGACUGUACUGUACGUGUCUGUUAGGAUGGUAAUCUUCAAAUCUUCAACGAGACAUUUUACAUUUAAUGGAGAAAUCGAACUAAUUAUUUUCUUACAAUACAAUUUGUACUGGCCUAGCG